AACAGGAAGAAGUGCUUCAUGGCUUUCUCGUGAGCUGUCAAGGCACACAGUCUUGACAUAAGUCGUCUAGUGUCCUGUAACUUAAUUGUGGUUUUUAAAUAUUUUUUGUAAGUUUACUGCACACUUAGUCAUCAUGUCCGCAAGAAAUCCUGGACUUGAUCUGGACCUUGAGUGGGUGUCCAAGGUGCGCGUCAACACCCAGGCUGUUUUGAAGCGAGCUCAGCAGGUUCAAGGGCGUAAGGUGGCUAAAAAACAGUGGCAGGCUGCAUGGCUGCUGAAGGCGGUCACGUGUAUUGACCUGACGACUCUCGCUGGAGAUGACACACCGUCCAAUGUCCACCGGUUGUGCAUGAAGGCCAUACAACCCAUCCGCCGUGAUCAUCUGAAAAGCAUAGACAUGCACGACAAAGGCAUCACCACCGCCGCUGUCUGUGUCUACCCAUCUCGUGUGGCUGAUGCCGCCAAGGCUCUGAAGGCAGCCAACUCAGACCUGCCGGUCGCCUCAGUGGCCACGGGAUUCCCCGCCGGUCAGACCCACCUGGAGACUCGGCUGGAUGAGGUGCGUCUGGCAGUGGCAGAUGGGGCGAGCGAGAUAGACAUCGUCAUCAACCGGACCCUCGCUCUCACUGGACAGUGGGAAGCUCUGUACGAUGAGAUCAGACAGUUCCGACAGGCCUGUGGAGAGGCCCACAUGAAGACCAUCCUGGCUGUGGGAGAGCUGGCCAACUUCACCAAUGUCUACAAGGCCAGUCUGGUGGCCAUGAUGGCAGGAUCUGACUUCAUCAAAACAUCAACUGGAAAAGAGUCUGUCAAUGCCACCUACCCGGUUGCCAUAGUGAUGGUUCGAGCAAUCCGUGACUACUUCCUACAAACAGGCCAUAAGGUGGGUUUCAAGCCAGCGGGGGGCAUCCGCACGGCCGCGGAGUCCGUGGUGUGGCUCACCCUGAUGAAGGAGGAGCUGGGCGACGAGUGGCUGAGCCCACAUCUCUUCCGCCUGGGUGCCAGCAGCCUGCUGGCGGACAUCGAGAGGCAGAUCUACCAUCAUGUGACUGGACGAUAUCCAGCCUAUCAGGAAUUUCCUAUGGCUUAAAUCCGUGGGGAUUGGAGAUUUGUCAAUACAGCCAAAUAACAGAGCUUCAGCUUAUUAGAAGCAAUACCUCAUGUCAUGCCACCUGUCAUGACACAUUAUGUACUUUUGAGCCACUCCUACUGUUUGCAGUGGGUUGUAGUCGCUGGCAGUAGUGCACUUCUACAUUUCAAUCUUAAUUGAAAACCUGAAUUCUAUUUUUUAGACAAGAUGGCCAGACAUCUUUUGGCUUAUUAAAAGAAAAUCCAAAUCACACAAAGCAGUACUCCUUUGGCAUCAGUCUCACAAAUGUCUGAACUUCUCUGUGCCUUCAACUUUUCCCACUUUUUUUUCCCACUUUUCUUUCCACUCCCACUUCCUUUGACUGCAGCCUUGCAUCAUUCUUGCAUCUGUGGCACCUAGCCUCCACAGAUCUCUAAAUCGGCACCUGGGUGGAGGUCAGUGACGCCCGGAGAAUAUAAUGCGACUUCCUGAGCGCAAAUUUCAUUAACUAGGAGCUGUAUGAGCCGAGUGAGUGUUUGGGGGAUUAAUUAGUGGGGGUUAAGUGAGUCUAAAUGAUCUGAUUGAGCUGCUCUCCAAUUCAGCUUCAUUUGAAGACGGAGGAACUCUCUCCUCUCUCUCCUCUCUCUUUCCUUUCCCUUCUUUAAUUAAGAUAUCAGGGGCCGUGCCCUUGACUGGAAGAACGAAUAAAUGAGUGAAUUAAUUGUAGAAUGGAAAAUGAGCUUAGAGAGGAGGUUUGCACCGAAGCAGGAGGUGAAGUUGGAACAACUGUGGCAGAGACAAACUGAGCCAGAGAAAAAAAACUAAACUAACCUUGCACGGCACAGCUGUGAUGCGCCACAAUAACAGGAAAUGUGUGUUGAAAGCGUAGCAUCCGUGGCUUUUUCCUGUAAGAAUUAUGGCGGUGAAGGAUGGGUAUGGUGGGACAGGCGAGGUGAUGUCAGAGCCGUUUGUUUUGGCAACAGGAGAGGUCCAGGUAUAUCUGCUCUUUAAAAGCUUGCAGCAGCAGCAGCAGCAGCAGCAUCUGCGUUGACUAAGCGUGAUGAGGUGGCCGGCUGCUCGGGUGCCCACCUCUCGGAGUCUGUGAUCGAUUAGCUGGACUUACAUAAAGGCAUGUAGAUCAUCUGAAAUCUGCACUGUCUGACAGCCACACAGAGCCAGAUAAGAUGGAGGAAUUGACCCGGCCAGAGAUUGAUGACUCUCCUUACCUCAGAGAGUGCCCUGCCUCUCUCUCUUUUCCCCCCUCCUUUCUCUUUUUCCAGUCUUUCGUACAUUCUCAUAAACUUGUGGAUUCGCUUAUCACCUCUCAGAAACAGGGAGGUGAUCCGAAAGAAAAGCUACCCCCCCCGUUUUCUGAGGUUUUAUUUUUUUAAAUAUUUCAUCAAGAGAAACUCAGUAAUUCUGUACAGACUGAAGGGGUUUGACAAAAAUAAAUCAAUUAAGGAGGUUGAGAGGGAGGCUGUUCAAAUGACAUGUUCACUGGGUUAUUGCAACCGACUCGAACCAGAGUCCACCUGUACACCUACUGUGGCGCGAGGAACUCCAGUUGACAUAGCAGUUGGCCAGUUAUUAGGAGUGAAUCAUGCUAGCUGCUUGUGUGGCUGGGUGCUGAUGGCCAGGGCUCUGCUAACAAACUGGCUGAAUUUGUCAGGGCUAGGAGAGCCAUUCACUCACCUGACAAAUAACCUCACACAGAUUGAUUGGUUUUCUGUUGUUUUAUUCAACAGCGUUUCUUCCCUGGAGGCCUGCUGUGAGAAAUUGCACAUUUUGGGUCCCGUUCAUCUGCAGAGACAUUGUAAUAAAGACAGAAUGCUAGUGUGAGCGACAGUGUUGGAAAUGUGGCUGCUAUCCAUUACAUACUGGGGAUUUUGGUAUCUGUCAUCCUAUUUGUGAAAUAAUUACUGUAGCUAAGGCUAUACACACUGUAUGGAUUUCAUAAAUUAACAACCAACAUGGGUUUUCAAUUCUCCUUCGUACAGACCAGCCCUAGAAACAUGACAGUCAUAAUGAUUGAUACAGAGUUGGUUCCAAACACAUUCACAGUAAGUCAGUUCCAGAGACAAGCCCCUGAGAUGCUGGAAGGCUAUUUCAGAUUGAAGGCAUGUGCUCGAUGGCAGUCUUGCAUUUUUAAAGUGCUGUUAUGACAAUUCCACAUGCGGUUACUUCUCAUUUACACAGAAAUUGUAUUUAAGAUGAUACAAAGCAUGAAGUAACAGCCGAGAAGUGACUACUCGCAAUGAAGCUAAAUAUAUUUUAAGCAUUUUGAAGGAGUCAUGUAUGUCAUAUUUUAGUUUCUGUCAAUGAAGAACCAAUCACAAUGUCAUAAAUACUUCAACCUUU